UCACUUGCCGCUGUAGUCGGUGGGCCUGUUGAACGUGCGCUUGACGCCGUUCUUCUCCAUGUACUUGCGCGCCUUGAUGAGGCCGGCGGGCUGCUCCAGCAAGAAGGGUAUCCGCGCGAUGACCGCAUUUGGCAGCUUCAGCUUCAACUCAGCCUGCACAUCACACCAUCAACACCCACGGCACAAUCACCCACACGCCCGCCGUGCGUGCGGUGUGUGGUUGUUAGUUGAUUACCUGAGCGAGGAGGGUGACGUCCAUGGUGCCGUCGGGGAGGGUCUCGCAGAGGAAGCCGGCCAAGAUUAUCCUGGCGCGCACCGCCUUCCUUUCGGGCAGACCACUGGGCUCGGGGUAGUCAUCAGUCGGCACUACGACAUGGGCCACAGUGCCGGGCGCAACCUGAUGACACACUCACACACACAAUGAAUGGAUGGAUGGACAGUGAGUUUUUCCGUGUCUGUGGCUGGCUGCGUGUGAGGUCCGCUGCCUGACGUACCACGUGUGUGUAAUGUGCCUGGAUGAAGUCCCUUGGCUCGAACAUCAUUACGCGCUUGAACACCACCCACACCACGUUCGUGUAGUAGUCGAACUGACACAGACACGCACCUGAUCAACACAGCACAAGGACACAACACAGUGAUCGAUCACCUACCCUUCCCCAUUCCCUCCCUCCUCUCCCAUCACCCCACACGCACCUUGGCCGAACUGGUCGUCGAUGGCCUUCUUGGCGUCCCAGUCGCGCAGGAAGUCCAUGACGUCCCAGGGCGUGAACUUGCUGCCGAAGUUGACGGUGCCGCGGAUCAUGGGCGGCAGGCCGUCGUGGAACUCCC